ACGACUCCGCGCAGCCUGCCGGUGACGUCAUAGAAAAGGGACGCCCUGGCGUGUGUCGUUGAGUCAACGUCGCAGAGCGCCGCAAAGAAACAAGCGAUCUUAAAGAGGGAUCCAGAAAAGAAUCCACCCUCGAGGACAUAGUUACAUAGUCGGGUGACUUUUUUUAGUUGCAAUAUGAAGACGAAAUCGUCGUGGAACCAACACGUUCGCUCGGAUUGCGAAGAGCUGCUCGCUCGCUUCCAACAAACGGACUCGGUUCGCUUUGAAGUUUUCUCCCAAAUCUGGAGGGAAAUGAAGUUUGGACAGAUCUGUUUCGGCACCGCAGGUCGCGAGAAGCGAGCCUUCAGCCGGGCGGCGUUGGACGCGGCCGCCGUCUACUUCCUUCCCCCGUUCAGCUUCCAGAUCCGAGCGGGAGGACUUUACCUGCUCCACGGCCUCUACCACUGCCAGACGGCCUCGCCGCGCGUGCCGAUCCGCAUGGCGCUGAAGGACUGGGAGGACGUGCUGGCCUUUGAGAAGGACGCCGUGGGAGCACAGCAUCUGGACGCCGUCUUCCUCCUGCGUCAGCUGCUCUUCCGCAAAGCCUUCCACUUCACCGCCAUGCCAUCAUUGCUGACGUUCAAGAGGAGCAAGGAGGAGGCCCGUUCUCGGCUGUGCAAGCGCUUCGUGGCCAGGGCGCGCGGCCCCCAGGAGCUGGUGGGCCGAGACGCCGUGGAGGAGCUGUCCAACAUCCACCACCUGUACGGCAAGCUCAAGUCUUCCGUCUACUCGGAAGCGCAGCGCGAGCGCCUGGGCGUGGCCCUGAUCCGCCGCAACCUGCCGGCGCAGCUUCGAGGGCACCUGGCCAAUUUCCACGGCUGGCAGAAGAGGAAGCGACAGGAAGAGAGCGAUGAGGACCAGGGCCACGGCGAGGGAACGUCUUCACGCGCAGAGAGUUCCGCCAGAGCUCAGCUGCUGUCGUCCAUCAAGUCCAAAGCGUACGGUCAAGCCGCCGAGACGCCCAAGUCUCGCCGCCAUCGGCAGGUGGAAGUGAACGCCGGCGAGGAGUCGGGCCCCGCCCUCUCAAAAGCACGCGGCAAGUCCGGCAAAGCGUCGCUGAAAGCCAGGACCGCUGAGAAUCUUUGCAUCCUAGGUGACAUGAGCAAAGAAGCCGCCAUGUCCACUCGCAUCCACCAUCUGACGGCGCUGGAUCGCGGCGGGCGGCGAGCCCCGAAAGACGAGAGCGCGGGAGAGUGACUUUGCCGCCCGGCCCGUGUUUGAAGACACGCGGCCGCCGGUGACGAGCUUCCGGCCUGAAAAUCGCCCUCCGUCGUCCGCUUUUCUCUCUGACGGAAGCAUUUGAAUGAUUCCUUGAGCCGCAGCCGUUGUGUUUUGUCCUGUUUCUCGUACAUUAAAAAGGCCGCUGGACAAAA